CCUCCCCUAAAGGAAGUUACGACAGUGAUACUCGCUGGGUUCGGAGCCUGCAGUUUGGAAGUGGAUUUGGAUCAGAGUCCGGGUUAAAGAUGAGUUUCGUACCGUCACAGCCCGUCUAUAACCCGUCAGUCCCUUACAUUGGGCCCAUUCCUGGGGGCUUGCAGGAUGGGAAGAUGAUCAUGAUCAAAGGACGAGUUCUUCCUCAGAGUAACAGAUUUCACGUGAAUCUUCAGUGUGGCUCAGUACCAUAUCACUGUGAUGUUGCCUUUCAUUUCAACCCACGGUUUGAGAAUCCGGGCUACGUGGUCUGCAACACUUACAAGGAGCAGUGCUGGAGCUCUGAGGAGAGGAAGCAGGAAAUGCCAAUCCAGAGGGGAGAAUCUUUCCAAAUUCUCAUUCUUGUUCAGGCAGAUUGUUACAAGGUGGCGGUGAACGAUAAACACUUCCUGGAAUUCAAGCAUCGGAUCCCGAUCUCCAGAGUGGACAGCAUUUUUAUCGAUGGUCAAGUCGAGAUUGUCUCCAUCAGCUUCCCAAACAACAAUACUGCUGCCAUGUUUGCUCCACCUGCUUUUGCUAACCCGGCUGGUUCCAUGUUUCCCCCCACUAUCCCGGCCAAUCCGGCUGGAUCCAUGUUUGCUCCUCCGGCCUAUGCCAGCCCGGCUGGAUCCAUGUUUGCUCCCCCUGCAUUUCCCAACCCGGCUCCUCCCAUGUUUGCCCCACCUUCCUUUGCCAAUUUGCAAGUUCCUUUCAAGGCCCCGAUCCAGGGAGGAUUCUUUGUCUCGAGAUCGAUUGCCAUUCAGGGGACUGUCGCACCAAAUUGUGGCAGUUUUUCCAUUAACCUGAAGCCAAGCACUUCUCCCGACAUUGCUUUCCAUAUCAGUCCGCGAUUCCGCACUGAGAAGGUAGUUGUGCGAAACAGCUACCUGCGGAAUUCCUGGGGCACUGAAGAGAGGGCUUUGGCUGAAAAUCCGCUUUCUCUCGGACAGCCCUUUGAGAUUACCAUUCUGUGCGAGCAACUUUUCUUCAGGGUGACUGUCAACGGUCGUCAUGCUUUUGAUUUCAACCAUCGUUACCAACCGAUCCAGCAGAUCAACGAGCUGCAAGUCGAAGGGGACGUGACUCUCUCCAACGUUUCUGUUUAAAACUCCGCCUCCAAAACCCACUGACAUUCAGUGCCCGUCAAAUCCGACUUGCUUUUGCAGUGGGGGUGAUGGAGGAAGGGAUGGUAGAAGGUGGAUAUAUAAUUCCAGUGAGAAUCUGAAUUUUUUAUACCUUCUGCAGUGUUUCACAAUAUAAGACCAUUUAAUUGGGAAAACUUGGCAAGAUUUGCAUAAUGAUUGGUCCAUAUGCUAAAAGCUUAUAUGUUUAAAUCAUUUGCUCCUACCACAUUUAUUAUUAACCCCUCUCUCUAAGCAUGAAAGUUAUGUGAAGUAAUUACCAUUUUAUAAAAUCUGCCUUUUCAUUUCUCACAGUUAAAUUCUUUCUAUUGAGCAAAGGCAAACCAUAUUUUUCAGCAAUUGGUGAGUUUGAUAUUUCGAGAUUGUGUUUGUUGCAUGAACGAAUCGUUCCUCACGGAGAUGGAUUAUUCCUAAAUUCGUUUUUCGCUGAGUGAGAACUCUUGCCCACUCUUUGUGAUUCAGUGUUGCAAGACUAACUGCCCAUUCUCUCCUUCCAGCCUUGCCUUUGACUACAUUUCCCUGAGAUUGUCAUGCUAUCUGUUUAUGUAUGUCACCACUUUAUUUACUAGCAUGCUGUGAAUCCUGUAUGUAUUCCUUGUUCCCAGUAACUGGUUCAGACUUUGAGAUUAAUCUGAUUUACUACAGAAUUCUAUAACCAUAAUAAACCUUACAAGAAAAGCCAAA